CGGAGGAGCUGCUCUCUCUGCGCUGCCCAAGUUCACAGACCCGCCGGCUGUGCUCGGAGAGGCUGUCCCGAAGUGUGUGUGUAUGUGUGUGUGUCUGUACCAGUACUAUUGUUUUGGUUCGGAUGGACGGACCGACUCCACAUCAGCUCUUUUUCCCAGGAUUCAUCUCAACUUUUUGAACUUUGUGAACAUUUCCUGGCUCUUUCUUCUUCUUCUGCCCUUAUUGAUUUUGUUGUUGAUGGUCGCGGUCAAACCAAGAUGGACACGGGUUGUCUGCCGGCCGGAGACUAGACCACCGCUUCACCCAUUCCUCCUAAAUGUAGACUUUUAUUCAAUUACCCGCUCGAACCGAGUCAUUUCUCUGUCAUCUGGAUGUAACCGGACUGGGCCACUUCCACCCCAGCUGGUCGCAUCCUAUAAUGAACAUUUCCUCACUGAAGUUUCGCUGAACUUUUCCCACGACUCCAAAUGUCGGGAGUGGUCCGCACCCUGAGCCGCUGCCUGCUCCCGGCCGAGGCCAGCCGGGACCCGGGCGGCAGCAAGGAGAGGAGCCGGGAGAGGGACGCGGCGCAGGAGCGGGAGGCGCGGCGCAGGAGCCGGGAGAUAGACGCCAUGCUCGCCCGGGAGAGGAGAGCCGUCCGCCGGCUGGUGAAGAUCCUCCUGCUCGGGGCCGGGGAGAGCGGAAAGUCCACAUUCCUCAAACAGAUGCGCAUCAUUAACGGGCAAGAGUUUGAUAAAAAAGCACUUCUGGACUUCCGGGACACCAUCUAUGAGAAUAUACUGAAGGGCAUGCGGGUGCUGGUGGACGCCCGGGACAAGCUGGGCAUCAGCUGGCAGAGCUGCGAGAACGAGAAGCAGGGCAUGCUGGUGAUGUCGUGGGAAGGACGCGUGGGCGGCUCGGGGGUGGAGCCAAGCGAGUUUCAGCUGUACGUGAUGGCGCUGAGCGCGCUCUGGGCUGACACCGGCAUACAGGAGGCCUACGCACGGCGCUCCGAGUUCCAACUGAGUGAGUCAGUCAAAUACUUCCUGGAUAACUUGGAUCGCAUCGGUCAACUGAGCUACAUCCCGAGCAAGCAGGACAUUUUGUUUGCGAGGAAGGCGACCAAAGGCAUCGUGGAGCACGACUUUGUCAUCAAGAAGAUUCCCUUCAAGAUGGUGGAUGUGGGAGGGCAGAGGUCCCAGAGGCAGAAGUGGUUUCAGUGUUUCGACGGGAUCACGUCGAUACUCUUCAUGGUUUCGUCGUCGGAGUACGAUCAGGUCCUGAUGGAGGAUCGGAGGACAAACCGUUUGGUGGAGAGCAUGAACAUCUUUGAGACCAUCGUCAACAACAAGCUCUUCCUCAACGUGUCCAUCAUCCUCUUCCUCAACAAAACCGACCUGCUGGUGGACAAGAUUCGCACGGUGGACAUCCGCAAGAACUUCCCCGAGUUCAGAGGAGACCCACGCAGGCUAGAGGACGUCCAGGCGUUCCUGGUGCAGUCGUUCAGCCGUAAGAGGAGGAACCGAGGGAAGCCGCUCUUCCACCACUUCACCACCGCGAUAGACACAGAAAAUAUUCGUUUUGUCUUUCACGCCGUCAAGGACACCAUCCUGCAGGAAAACCUCAAAGACAUCAUGCUGCAGUGACCUUCAUGCUGCAGACGACGACUUCUGUGACUGUAAACUGUGAAAGCGGCCGUGACUCCAGGCCCGGAGGACACUACAGCCCAUGAGUGCUAUUAACACUGACCUGUGGAGCAGCCAGUUGAGCCACAGUGUGGAUUUAACUGAACUCUGACCCUGUGGAAGCCAUGAAGCUGGCAUGUGUCGACCCCCCUGUGGAAAACCUCCCCCCGAGCAGAUCCUGCAUUUAACCUGUAUAAAUGUGUGUGUGCUGGAAAAGACAGUCACCUUCUCCUUCCUGUAGCUCUCAAGUAUUUUAUAAAAAAAAAAUUAAGGAAAAAACUUUAGAGAUAAGCACCGACUACAUGGCACGAGCACUGAAAGUGUUGUUUUUUUUUCUCAGAUGUGUAUAUAUAUAUAUGACUAAUGACAUCCCUGUCACUAAACCCACGUCAGACUGCUGCCGGAUAAAAAUGUAGCUGGAUUAAGCUGCGCGAGCGAGAAGAGGCAGGAGGCAAAACAGAGAGGAAGAAAGAAAGUUCAGAGCGAGCUGACGCACACGUGACGGAGGGAGAGGGGCGAGGGUUUCGGGCGCAUCCCGGUCAUAUGCUGCGUUAUGUGAUAAGGUUGCACAAGUGUUCCCGUCAGCGGGCGAGGAGAGCAGAUGGAAAAGAGAUGAGUCCCUCUCGCUCCGUGUCCCUCUCCCUAUCUUUACCUCUCCCCUUCACCGCUUGUGUUUAUUCUCCUGCUCCCGCCAUCAUGCAAGAGAUGAACAGCUGCAGAUAACGAGUCUUACCCAGCUCAUCGUCUCCCUCUCUUCUCCUCUCCUCUCCCUCGCUUCUCCUCUCCGGCACAAUGGACAGAUUGUUCCUCUCCUCUCCAGCAGAAGCAGCACACAGUCAAAUUACAGACUCUUCCUAGUUAAAACACACACACACGGACACACACAUAACUCCUGGUCCUCCAUGAGUUAUGGUUCAUCUCUGUCCCGGUGCCUUCUUCUGUUUCCCACCAACAUCCUAGUGGGAGCGCCGCAGCAGCUUCGGACUGGAGGCACAUUUAAGUACCCCCUUCACAUGGAGGUUUGGGUUUACGGUUACACCACUCUUCUUUUGUCUUGUAAACGUGAAGGGAAAAGAGCGUGACAGGGUUGAACUGUAACUGACCUUAUUCCCAUGUUGCUGACAGCCAUUUUGGAACUCUAGAGCAGUCAGGGUGGGAAGCGUACCGGGAAAAAAAAAGACUGGCACAAAAACAUUAAAACCACAGCGAGCGACUCGAAACAAGACUGAGCGAAGUCACAGGAGAGCUAACUCACAUGCAGACGACGAUGAGGAGUUUCUUCCUCUUUUCUACAUCUGGUCAUCUCGGAGUUUGUUAUCACGCUCAUGGGAAAAAUGUUCUAGUGCUGCAACAAUUAGCUGAUCAGUCGAUUAGUCAGCCAGCAGAAUAUUAAUUAGCAACGAUCGUUCUGCCUGUCGCGUCAGCUGUGGCUCCGGCACGAUGUGUUCACUGUCUUCUGAUAUUUUAAAGCUGCAUGAAUUAUAUUUUGUUGUGAAAUUAGGUAUUUUAACAUGAGAGUGAUCACUCCACUCUGCAGCUCCUGUUAGCGCCCUUCAGCUCGUUGUUUUAGUGUUUACGUCUCACCGCCACAGAGAGCGCUGCCCAGCCUCACUUCAGAUUUCACAGCAGCCACUCUUGGUGUUGCAGCAAAAAUUCCUCCUGCGGCCCAAAAAUUAUCUGUAAAAGACACGUCUGUCAAGGUCAAUUGUGGCUUUUUCUACUAUGAGGAGGUUUGAGAAAAGUGAUCUCGUCACACUGUAAAGUCUGUGGAUUGACCAGAAACUUGUGAUAAACCAGAAAGUAAAUCCAGAGGCUAGAAAAGUUCUGCCGUAUGGGCCAGGGAGGCGAUUUUCACUGAACCCGAAAAGGUGCCAUCUUUGCGUUUACAAUCUAUUUCUUCUGUAAAUCAGCAGGCAGCUGUUGUCAGCAAAAACACUCUGAAAUGAUCUUGUCACUGAGUGUCCAACACCAACCAGCAGACGGACGAAGGUAGAAGCUAACUGGUGAAAAAACGUCGCCUCAAGCAGCGAAAGAGACCGACAUGUUCCUUAAGAGAUGGUUGAGACCAAACCAGAGUUUAGUGGGUUCUGACCAGCAUAAUCCACCAUGUCUGCUUUCUACAUGCACUUCUGCAGGCUAUAAAAAAAAAACUCUGUGAUUGGAUAUCGAACAGUGAAGCACAGCAGACAGAACGUGUCUGAAAUGUAACGCAGGUGACUUGGACAGCGGCGUGAUAGUCGGUGACACACAGGCUGGUUUCAGUAUGUCAGAAGCUGCUGACUCGUGACCAGCGGCGUGUGGAGUUUAAAGAGAAGCGUGUCGGUAAAGUGUCCGCUCAGCGUUUGUCAGCGUCGUGUUCACGGCUCCUGAUGCAGGAUUCAAAGAAGGAACAGAUCCCGUCACCAAAACAAUAAGCAGCUGAUUAAUCACUGAUUAGCUGCAGCUCUCUUUCACCGGCGGGAGUUAGCUCGUGACGUAGCGUAAAAAGCAAAGGUAACGUUACCAUGGUUACCUUGCAGUUUUUAAAUAUAUCUCUUUGCACUGAUUUACUUGUGAGAUGUCCUGUUCUGUGAUUUUAAUGGAUACCUGCCUUGUGUUUUUGAAAGUUGAACUCUGAAUCCUCGGUAAGCGUCCGAAGCGGAGGUUCUGUGAUGUGGAGACAUUUUUCGUGACGUGUGUUUUGGUACUCGGCAGUCGCUCACAGCUGCGCCGCUCCUCCCACCCUGAGUGCUGAGAGUCCAGACGGCCCCUCCACGGGAGCGAGGCCGACCGCGAGCACUUCCAGCACGCCUUGUUAUAAAGAAAACUGUACUCACCACUUUGUGCAUGUUGUACAUAAAAUACUGUAAGUAUCUGACUGACACUGUGUGUAACGUGGUAACCUUACAAUACAAGCGCCACUCUGUCUAACAGCAGCACUGUAAACUGUAACAUUUGUCGUGAACUAAUCUACCUUUUCUCCCCCCCGACUCACAAAAGUGUUUUGUAAGUGUCGUCAUUGCACUGGAUGUGUCCGAGAGAAAACAACCAGAAAGGAGAAGGGAAAAAAAAAAAAAGGCAAUGAAACAAAUAAACAGACGGCAGACUCUUUAAAGGCGAGCAGGAUGGAGGCAGAGGUCUUCUGCUUUUUGUUUUUUGUUUUUUUCUUUCUCUGUGCUCUGUGGUAAAAUACACUGCCGUUUGCUGA